AUGGCCUUUUAUUCCACUCCAUUCGCUGCACUCCAUCACAACAAUCUGUGUCUUCAAAACCCUCUAAUACUUCCUUUAAAUCCUCGAUCUUUUUCCCACCACCAUCAUCGAUUCUCAACCAUCACCAAGUAUGUUAACUCUUCAAAAGCCCAAAUUAUCGAUCAAACCGUUUCCAAUUCUGUUCCGGAAAACGAUUUGAUGCUAAAGGAUGUUCUCACUAUCCUCCAUUCAAUGGAUUUAACCAACCCAGAUGAGUGUGUUCAAUCCUAUGCUGUAAUUCUUAGAAACUGUCGUAAAAUCCAUAAUCUGCAACUAGGUUUACAAGUUCAUGGACGUAUGAUUGUCUCUGGAGUCGAAUUAUGUGAGUUUCUUGGGAGUCAGCUAUUGGAAUUUUAUUGCAAGGUUUCUUGUAUUGAUGGGACACGCAAGUUGUUUGAUAAAAUGACUGAGAGAAACGUGUUUAGUUGGACUUCAGUGAUAGGGCUGUAUUGUGAACAGGGUGAUUAUGAGGAGACAAUCAAUCUGUUUUAUUUGAUGAUUGAUGAAGGGGUUCGGCCUGAUCAUUUUGUGUUUCCAAAAGUUUUCAAAGCCUGUGCUCAGCUCAAGGAUUAUCGGGCCGGAAAGGAUGUAUAUGAUUACAUGAUGUCAAUAGGGUUUGAAGGGAAUAAUUGUGUCAAAAGAUCCUUCUUGGACAUGUUUAUUAAAUGUGGAAGGAUAGAUAUUGCAAGACGGCUGUUUGAGCAGAUGAGUUCAAAUGAUGUUAUCAUGUGGAACAUGAUGGUUUCUGGAUAUGUGUCAAAGAGGGACUUCAAAAGGGCUUUGAGGUAUGUUGAUCAAAUGAGGCUUAAAGGUGUGAUUCCCGAUAGAGUUACAUGGAAUACAAUCCUUAGUGGUUAUGCUCAAGUUGGCCAAUUUAAGGAGGCAGCCAAAUAUUUCUCAGAAAUGGGUGGGUUUGGAGAACUAGAACCAAAUAUUGUGUCAUGGACUGCAUUGAUAACAGGAAAUUUACAGAAUGGGUACCCCUUUCAAGCAUUGAAUAUAUUCAGGAAAAUGGUAACCAAGGGAGUAAAACCAAAUUCGACCACCAUCUCUAGUGUUAUUUCAGCUUGUGCCAACUUGUCUUUGGAAAAACAUGGCAAGGAGAUUCAUGGUUAUUGCAUAAAGACAGAAGAAUUGGAUUCAAGUUUAUUUGUGGGCAACUCACUGAUUGACUUCUAUUCUAAAUGCCAGAAUGCAGGUGACGGGGCAAGAACCAAUUUCAAUAGAAUCAAACAAAAAGAUUUGGUUUCUUGGAAUUCGAUUCUUGCUGCAUAUGCUAUUAAAGGUAACCGCGAUGAUGCAAUCAAAUUCCUUUAUGACAUGGAGUUACAAGGAGUGGUACCAGAUAUCGUCACAUGGAAUGGAUUGAUAACAGGCUUUACUCAAUAUGGCGAUGGUAAGACCGCUCUAGAAUUCUUUUCUAGAAUGUGCAAACUCGGUGUUUAUCCCAACACAACCUCUAUAUCAGGAGCCUUGGCUUCUUGUGCACAAAUAAAAGAUUUGAACUUGGGGAAAGAGAUUCAUAAUUAUACCAUUAGAAAUAACAUUGAGAUGGGCACCGGUGUCGGCAGUGCCCUCAUAGCAAUGUACUCAGGAUGUGAUCAUCUUGAAGCUGCUUAUGCAGUUUUCAAUGGGAUUUCAACAAAAGAUGUUGUAAUUUGGAACUCCCUUAUAGCAGCCAGCGGUAAAAGUGGUUUUGGAGUUGGUGCAUUAGACUUAUUAAGAGAAAUGAAAUUGAAUGCUGUUGAACCUGAUUCAGUUACCAUGAUUUCCACUCUCAGUGUGUGUUCAAAGCUAGCUGCUUUGCGCCAGGGUAGAGAGAUUCAUCAGUAUAUAAUCAGAAAUGGGCUCGACUCCAGUAACUUUGUAUGCAAUGCCCUUAUCGACAUGUAUGGAAGGUGUGGGUCCCUCAAUAAAAGCCAUCAAGUUUUUGAAUCGUUGGUAGCUCAACAAAGAGAUAAUGUCUCCUGGAAUGUGAUGAUUGCAGCAUAUGGAAUGCAUGGAUUUGGUAUGGAAGCUCUGAACUUAUUCCAUCGAAUGACAGCUCAAGAGGGUCUAAAACCAAACCAUGUAACUUUCACAAAUCUCCUGUCAGCGUGUAGCCACUCGGGAUUAACAAAUGAAGGGCAGGCUUGCUUUAAAAUGAUGGAACAAGAGUAUGCCAUGGAGCCAGACAUGGAGCAAUAUGCAUGUAUGAUAGAUCUAAUUGCACGUUCUGGUCACUUAUCAGAGACAUUGGAGUUCAUUGAAAAAAUGCCCUUUGAACCCAAUGCUGCUAUCUGGGGGUCAUUAUUGGGUGCGUGUAGAAUCCAUUCCAAUGUUGAAAUGGCAGAACAUGCUGCAAAAUUCCUGUUUGAACUUGAACCAGAGAGUUCCGGUAGUUAUAUAUUAUUGGCAAACAUUUAUGCAACCUUAGGGAGAUGGGAAGAUGCAGCCAGAAUAAGGUGUUUGAUGAAAGAAAGAGGUGUAACAAAGACUCCAGGAUGUAGUUGGAUUGAAGUGGGGAGGAAAGUUUAUAGUUUUGUUGUUGGAGAUACUUCACAUCCUCAAGUUUUGGCAAAGAUGGAGAGUUUGUAUUCAAAGAUAAAAGAAAAGGGGUAUGUUCCUGAUACCACAUUUGUGUUGCAAAACAUGGAGGAAGCUGAGAAGGAAAUGAUGCUAUGUGGACACAGUGAAAAGCUUGCUUUGGGUUUCGGGUUAAUUAGCACUUCUGGUUCGCCUUUGCGUAUCAUUAAGAACUUGCGGGUCUGUGGAGAUUGUCAUUCGGUAAUGAAGUAUAUAUCUGCGGUCGAGAGGAGGGAGAUCAUCAUGAGAGAUAAUUACAGGUUUCACCACUUUGUUGAUGGUGUAUGUUCUUGUGGAGACUAUUGGUGAUCAGUUAAUCCAUUUUGGUCACCAAUUCAAGUUGGCUACGGUUAACUUUCGGACGUGCAAACUAAGGGGGUGUUUGG